GCGGUCGUGAGCGCCGGGCGUGGCCCCCUCCCCCCGAUGCGGUGCACGAUGGUCGGCUCCGAGGCAGGGCCUCCGCAAGCUUCUGGCGGAAGGAGUUUGCGCGGCGCCGGCUACGGGCGUACGGGAGCUUCUGUAGGUUCUCUGCGAUACUGCAGCUGCCCCGUGGUGAGAGAGCGCCCCUCGCCUCGGCCGCGCCCGGCUCCUCCCGCCUGCUCCAGGCCGAGCGCUGGCGCCAUGUCGGCCUAUCCCCGAAGCUACAACCCGUUCGACGACGACGCGGAGGACGAGGGCGUCCGGCCGGCGCCGUGGACGGACAACCGCGACCUCGCGGACUGGCCCGGCGCUCCCGCCGACCGGCAGCAGGCCCUGCGGCAGGAGGUGUUGCGCCGGGCCGAGGCCACGGCCGCCAGCACCGGCAGGUCCUUGUCCCUGAUGUACGAGUCCGAGAGGAUCGGGGUCGCCUCCUCCGAGGAACUCGUGCGCCAGCGAGGGGCCUUGGAGCGCACAGAGAAGAUGGUGGACAAGAUGGAGCAGGAUCUGAAGACCAGCCAGAAGCACAUCAACAGCAUCAAGAGUGUGUUCGGAGGGCUCGUCAAUUACUUCAGAUCCAAACCCUCAGAGACCCCACCUGCGCAGAAUGGCACCCUUGCCCCCCAGCCCAGCAGCAGGUUGAAAGAAGGCAUAAGUACAAGUAAAGACCAGGAGGCACAGUACCAGGCCAGCCACCCAAACCUCAGGAAGCUCAAUGACUCAGACUCCAUCCCUGGAGGGGCCGAUUCUGCCAUGAGCUCCGAGGCUUACCCAAGGAACCCGCACCUGCGCACCUGUCACCAGAGGAUUGACAGCAACCUCGAUGAGCUGUCCGUGGGCCUGGGCCGGCUGAAGGACAUCGCCCUGGGGAUGCAGACAGAGAUUGAGGAGCAGGACGACAUUCUUGACCGCCUCACAACCAAAGUGGACAAGUUAGACGUCAACAUCAAGAGCACAGAGAGGAAAGUUCGGCAGCUUUGAAGACGGAGGCGGAUUUCCACUCCAUCGUGAUGAAAAGAUUUGAAAGGUCUUCUUUUAAACGCCCAAGAAAUUUCAGUUAUUACUUUAGAAUGUGAUUUCACAUGUGUUUGCAAAUGUU